AUGCCGAAGACGACCCGCGGAACGUCGACGUGCGCGACGACCCUGUCGGGCGGCGCGACGACGGCGUCGGCGACGGACCUCAUCGGCCCCGGCAACGCGGCCCUGCUGAGCGCGUCGGAGCUCGCGCUGCUCGACGGCCUCGCGGCGCUCGGCCAGACCCACCUCCUCGAGGACUGGCCCGCGGCGGGCGACGGCGACGCCGACAAGCGGCGCCUCGUCGACGCGCUCUCGCGGACGGACGCGGCCUACGCCGGCGGCCUCGCCAAGUACGUCGGCCGGUCGCGCGAGCUCCUGGCCGCGUCGGCGCGCGGCGACAACCCCUUCGAGGGCUUCGCGCCGUCCGUGCCCGACGGCGAGACGCUCGUCUUCGGCGGCGCGGGCUUCGGCGCCGCGGAGCGGGACGGCCUCGAGGCCGCGCGGAAGACGGGCUUCGUGCUCGUCGCCGGCGGCCUCGGCGAGCGCCUCGGCUACGACGGCAUCAAGCUCGAGCUGCCCGUGGAGCUCGCGACCGGCAAGUCGUUCCUCGAGCUCUACGUCGACUACGUGCUCGCGGUGCAGGCGCGCGCGCGCGCGGACAGCGGCGAUGCCAGCCUCGUCGUGCCGCUCUGCAUCAUGACGUCCGACGACACGGACGCGCCGACGCGGGCGCUGCUCGAGGCCGAGGGCGACUUCGGCGCGGAGCCGGGCCAGAUCGAGAUCAUGAAGCAGGACAAGGUCGCGGCGCUGAGCGACGGCAACGCGAAGCUCGCCGUCGACGACGACGACCGCUGGGCCCUGCUCACGAAGCCCCACGGCCACGGCGACGUGCACAGCCUCAUGCGGUCCACGGGCAUCGCGAAGAAGUGGCGCGAGUCCUACGGCCUCGACUACGUCUUCUUCUUCCAGGACACGAACCCCCUGGUGCUCCACACGAUCCUCCCGGCGCUGGGCGUCUCCGCGAAGCGCGGCUUCUCCAUGAACAGCGUCUGCGUGCCGCGGCGCGCCGGCGAGGCCGCCGGCGCGAUCACGCGCCUCGCCAAGGCGGGCGACGACGACCUCGUCAUCAACGUCGAGUACAACCAGCUCGACCCCAUGCUCCGGGCGGCGACGGGCGACGGCGACGUCAACGACCCGGCGACGGGCUUCUCGCCCUACCCGGGCAACGCCAACGUGCUCGUGCUCGGCCUCGCGGACUACGUGGCGACGCUCCACGGCGAGGACCUCGGCGUCGUCGACGAGUUCGUGAAUCCAAAGUACAAGGACGACGCCAAGUGCGACUUCAAGAAGCCCACGCGCCUCGAGUGCAUGAUGCAGGACUACCCGAAGCUCCUCCGGCGCGAGGUGCCCGGCGCCAAGGUCGGCUUCACGACCUUCGAGCGCUGGGUCGCGUUCUCGCCGGCGAAGAACGCGCUCGACGCCGCGCGCGCGUCGUCGGCCAAGGGCGAGCCCGCGGGGGCGGCCGGGUCCGCGGAGUUCGAGGUCUACGCGGCCCACGCGACGCGCCUCGGCCUGGCGACGGCCGGCGAGGUCGCCGCGACGCGGACGCUCAGCGGCGUCGCCGGCCUGUUCGGCGGGCCCAAGGUCGUGCUCCUGCCGUCCUUCGCGCUGACGCAGGCCGACGUCGACGCCAAGGUGACACCGGGUUCCUUGGACCUCGACGCCGACGCCGUGCUCGUGCUCGACGGCGCGAACAUCGCCGUGGAGUCGGCCAAGGUGUCCGGCGGUUUGAAGGUCGUCAACAAGCGCGCGGACGCGUCCGUCGUGAUCCGGGACCUCGUCGUGUCCAACGGCGGCCUCGACCACGUCGAGAUCCCCGACGCCGACAUCCCGGCCGCGAAGCCCUUCGAGCGCAUCCGCGGCUACAAGGCCGUCGACGCGGGCGUGCUCGUCGUCGAGGUCGCGGAGCCCGGCCACUUCCUCCUCUCCAAGGACGGCCAGCUCACGAAGCUCGCCGACGAGGCCGAGCUCUAG